AUGGCCUCCACAGCAGUCGACCCCUUUUUGAAGGGAAACACAGGGAGAAAUACUCGCGGCCUCCUCCGCAUCGUCAUUCUAUGCACCAUUGCUGCCGCUGCCAUUGCCAGUCGUCUUUUCAGUGUGAUCCGCUUUGAAAGUAUUAUUCACGAAUUCGAUCCCUGGUUCAACUUCCGAGCAACAAAACACUUAGUCGAGCAUGGCUUCUAUAGCUUCUGGGACUGGUUCGAUGAUCGAACGUGGCAUCCUCUCGGACGUGUCACUGGUGGUACUCUCUACCCCGGAUUGAUGGUGACCAGUGGUGUGAUCUAUCACUUCCUUCGAUUCCUCACGAUUCCAGUCGAUAUUCGCAAUAUCUGUGUCCUCCUCGCACCUGCAUUCUCCGGCUUGACCGCAUUGGCGACUUACCUCCUGACCAACGAAAUGACCACUUCGCCUUCCGCUGGUCUACUCGCUGCGGCAUUCAUGGGAAUCACACCUGGAUACAUCUCAAGAUCCGUCGCCGGAAGUUAUGACAAUGAAGCAAUUGCCAUUUUCCUACUUGUUUUCACCUUUUUCCUCUGGAUCAAGGCCGUCAAGAACGGCUCCAUCAUGUGGGGAGCUUUGACAGCGUUGUUCUAUGGAUACAUGGUGUCUGCAUGGGGCGGAUACGUCUUCAUCACCAAUUUGAUUCCAUUGCAUAUUUUUGUGCUCAUUUGCAUGGGCCGAUACAGCUCGCGUCUGUACAUCAGCUACACCACCUGGUACGCAUUGGGAACGCUUGCAAGUAUGCAAAUUCCUUUUGUUGGCUUCUUGCCAAUCCGCAGCAGUGACCACAUGUCUGCUCUAGGUAUCUUUGGUUUGAUCCAAGUGGUUGCUUUUGUCGAUUUCAUCCGUGGCCAAGUUCCCGGCAAGCAAUUCCAGACUCUCCUGACCUCCUUGGUCUUGCUUAUUUUCGGUGUUUCAUUCAUCGGACUGGUCGCUUUGACACUCUCUGGUACCAUUGCACCAUGGAGCGGUCGUUUCUACUCUCUCUGGGACACAGGUUACGCCAAGAUCCAUAUCCCCAUUAUUGCCUCUGUGUCCGAGCAUCAACCCACAGCAUGGCCCGCUUUCUUCUUCGAUCUCAACUUCUUGAUCUGGCUUUUCCCAGCAGGUGUCUACAUGUGUUUCCGCGAGCUUCGUGACGAGCACGUGUUCGUUGUUAUCUACUCUGUCCUUGCAAGCUACUUUGCAGGUGUGAUGGUGCGUUUGAUGCUUACCCUCACUCCCGUGGUAUGUGUUGCGGCCGCUAUUGCAUUGUCAUACGUCUUGGACACGUACUUGCUCCUUAAGAGUCCGGAACCUGCCAAAGAUGCUGCUCCAGCGAAAUCAGAUGGACUUCGAAGCGAACGUGGUACUAAUCAUGGCAUCCAAUCGACAUUCUCGAAAGUGUUCACUGCUGCCUCUGUCUCAGCCUAUCUUCUGCUCUUCGUCGCUCACUGCACCUGGGUUACCUCCAAUGCCUACUCCUCGCCAUCCGUUGUGUUGGCCAGUCGCAUGCCUGACGGCAGCCAGUUCAUCAUCGAUGACUACCGUGAAGCAUACUACUGGCUCCGUCAAAACACCGAAAAGAACGCCAAAAUCAUGUCCUGGUGGGAUUAUGGCUACCAGAUUGGUGGUAUGGCUGACCGACCAACCCUAGUUGACAACAACACCUGGAACAACACACACAUUGCAACCGUCGGCAAAGCGAUGAGUUCUCGCGAAGAAGUCAGCUACCCUAUCCUCCGCCAGCAUGAUGUUGACUACGUCCUUGUGGUCUUUGGAGGAUUACUCGGCUACUCCGGCGAUGAUAUCAACAAAUUCUUGUGGAUGGUGCGUAUCGCAGAGGGCAUCUGGCCGGACCAGGUGAAGGAGCGAGACUUUUUCACUGCACGCGGCGAAUACCGUGUCGAUGACGAAGCCACACCCACCAUGCGCAACAGCUUGAUGUACAAAAUGUCCUACUACAACUUCAACAAUCUCUUCCCCGCAGGCAUGGCCCAAGACCGCGUCCGAGGCGUCCGCCUCCCCGCCGAAGGGCCCCAACUGAGCACCGUAGAAGAAGCGUUCACCAGCGAAAACUGGAUUAUUAGAAUCUACAAAGUGAAACCACUCGACAACGUGGGCCGCGAUCAUCAAAGCGCCGUGGCCUUCGAGAAGGGUCACAAGAAGAAGAAGAGUACGAAGAGGAAGGGCGCUCCUGUUCUAAGAGUCGAAUAA